AUGUAUGUUGACGCCCGACUGGUCGAUUUGGAUAUGAACCCUUGGAUCCCAGCGUUAGGUGGGCUGAAAGAAACCAGUGGAGAGUUGAAGGCUUUCACUAGUCAGAACCUCAGUCCUGGAAGAGGUGCUGUGCUGUCUCUCGUUACUGUCCACCCUUCAGCUGUCACUGGAAUAAAACAGAUCAUGCCCCAAGCAUAUGGAGCCCCCGGUGUUAAUGUAGUGUCACACAUGGUCAUUGGCACUCCUCAGAGGCCCAGUGUUCCAGGUGGUAAUACACUGUUAACCAGCCCUCGAACCCCCAGCGCUCAGUUCCUUACCCCUCAGACGCAGCCACGAGAGUCCUCACCAUGGUCCACUGGACGAGGUAGGAAAGGGGACAAGAAUGGAAAAGGAUUGAGGCAUUUCUCAAUGAAGGUGUGCGAGAAGGUUCAGAAGAAAGGCGUCACCUCCUACAACGAGGUAGCAGACGAGCUGGUGGCUGAACUGAGCUCUGGAGACAACAUCUCCCCUAACGAGGCUCACGUAUACGAUCAGAAGAACAUCAGGAGGCGGGUUUAUGAUGCACUGAAUGUCCUGAUGGCGAUGAACAUCAUCUCCAAGGACAAGAAGGAGAUCAAAUGGAUUGGCUUUCCAACCAAUUCUGCUCAGGAGUGCAAGGACCUGGAGGCUGAACGUCAGAGACGCCUGGAGAGAAUUAAGCAGAAGCAGUCUCAGCUUCAAGAGCUCAUACUGCAGCAAAUAGCCUUUAAAAGGCUGGUGCAGAGGAACCGAGAGGCCGAGCAGAGGAACCACAGACCUCCUAUCAACACAAUCAUCCAACUCCCGUUCAUCAUAGUGAACACCAGCAAGAAGACCGUCAUCGACUGCAGCAUCUCUAAUGAUAAGUUCGAGUACCUGUUUAACUUUGACAACAUGUUCGAGAUUCACGAUGACAUCGAGGUGCUGAAGCGAAUGGGCAUGGCCUUCGGACUCGAGGCGGGCAGGUGUACCCCGGAGGAUCUGAAGCUCGCCCGGACCCUCGUACCUAAAGCUCUGGAACCCUACGUGACCGACAUGGCACAGGGACUCCUCAGACAGACGACCGAGAGCUUCUCUCACACUAACAAUAAUAACGUCGGCACGGUGGCGUCGGGUUCCAACAGCUACCACAGCAGCGCUCGUGACACACCGGCGUCCUUCCUGGAGGACGAGGAGGAAGAGGAUGAAGAUGACGAGGACUUCGAUGAGAAUGAUAAUGAAGAUUAACGUCUCUCCCGUGCCCGUUCUCUCAGCCUGCAGCGUGGUAGUGUGAACUGAGCGUGCUCGUCUUGCUUUAGGCGAGGUCUGUGUGGUGACUUUCGUAUGCGAAACCUUUCGGUCCUCUGAGCAAAGUGAAGCUGCUGUGUUAGGAAGCGCAGUGGUGCUUGGGUGAGGUACAGUUUUUAUCCAACGAUUCUUUUAAACAACCCAUGUGUGUGGGUGACAUGCUGAUAUUCUUUCAAAAAGGAUUAACAAGCUAAACCAGGAUCAGUCUAAAAGCAUCAGCUGUUAACACAUGGUUCACGUCAUCCUAAUAUGUGUAGUGUCACACUUUUACAGUGGAAAUUUCUCAUACACCGAUCAGCCAU